AAAUAGAUGAUUCGAGACGUUGCGAGGCACUGGUCUAAUGCAUGGACAUUCCGCAAUCAAGGUUCCUUGUUUCCUUACGACACAAUUUACAGGCACACGGUGUUAGAGGUCCGUGCAUCAUGUGUUAAAUUUCUACUGAACAGCUUGGAGACAAACGCUGAUUAAAAGUGGACUGUUCAAGCUGAUCAUGUCAACUAAGUGGCGUCAACUGAAGCCCCUUGAAUGGGGUGCAUAUGUCAACAAAGAAGUUAAAGUAACCGCGCACGAAAAGCAACAACAUCAAGGUUGGGUGUUCACUGUGGACCCAGUCUCUGCAAGUAUCGUCUUGGUAAACAUGCUUGAAAAAGGAACAGCUGUGGUUAAGGUGGUAAUGGGUCAUGCUGUAGAAGAAGUGGAGGUUUUACAGGAAGGGAACGAGGCCAUCUCGGAGCGCAUGAGAGCCGUCUUCACACCACACGGUGCACAGACUCUAUGCGUGGACGAACUGAAGCGUAGGAAGGACAGCCUUCGUGUUUGGCUGGAGAAGAAUCGCAUCCCCGUCGAGGAAGAAGGAGAGACACUGAAGGUAGCUAACGUGUUAACCGUUAGCCCUCCCUAUGGAGUAGAGAACUGCAGCAGCCCAAAUGAGAUCAUUCUGGCCCGAGUGCAAAGUCUUGUGGAGAGCAACCCUGGUGGCGAGCAACCUGCGAAUGUCUGAGAAAGGUGCGCCAUUUGGACAAGAAGCUUGGUCAAGAAACGGAGAAUCAGGUCUUUGAGCUGCUUUGGUGAUUGUGUCAACAGUUUGUGUAGACUGAAAGAGAAUCAUCUUUACAAUUUGGUGUUUAAGAAGACUGCUUUUGAAUUGAAUUAUUUUGAUAUUUCUAAUACUACCGUUUGUACAAAAAUGCAAACAUAAUUGAUAGGGAUUUGGGAUUUCUGUUUUGUAAAUUUGCAGUUGUGUGGACUGUAGCUACUGUUAAUUAUGUUUUUUGUAUGGCACUUUUCUAAUAAAACAAGCACUGGUUAUUGCAACAGAA